AUUUCUCAUAUCUUAGAGGGAAAUCCCUAAAAAGGAAGACAGGAAGGCGUUUUCGGAUAAUAUCGCCGGACGGUGAUCGGAAGAACGUACACCGGAGAGAGGGGGGACGUAAAUGGUUAUUGUUGGUGUUGCCAGGAAAACAGGGAAUUAAGGCAGCGUUUGUUUGGUAGAAGAAUAGAAGGAUUCAAGGAUGAAUGGGAAUAGUAACAUAAAUGGAUUUGGGAGCGCAGAGAGUGAGUACAUAAGGAGGCAUCACCGGCACGACCUAGCAGAGAAUCAGUGUAGCUCCGAUCUUGUCAAGCAUAUCAAAGCCCCUGUUCAUCUCGUUUGGUCUUUGGUAAGGAGAUUCGAUCAACCACAGAAGUAUAAGCCUUUUGUCAGCAGGUGUGUCACUCAGGGAAAUCUUGAGAUUGGGAGUCUUAGAGAAGUUGACGUCAAGUCUGGACUUCCUGCCACUACAAGUACUGAGAGAUUGGAGCUUCUUGAUGAUGAUGAGCAUAUCUUUAGUAUCAGGAUCAUUGGUGGGGAUCACAGACUAAGGAAUUAUUCUUCAACCAUAUCCCUUCAUCCAGAGAUAAUUGAUGGCAGACCAGGGACUUUGGUUAUUGAGUCAUUUGUGGUUGAUGUGCCUGAUGGUAACACGAAGGAUGAGACAUGCUAUUUUGUUGAAGCAUUGAUCAAGUGCAAUCUUAAAUCACUUGCUGAUAUCUCUGAGCAGCUUGCAGUGCAGGACCGAACUGAGCCCAUUGAUGGGCUCUGAAAGCUGAGACUGGAGUUGUGGUAGAAGCUUUGGUUGCCAUGGAUGAAGCUUCUGAGGCUUUCGUCUCCUGGAGGCUUUGGGGAUGGACUGGCAGUAACACUUUUACCUUCCAGUACACUUGUGCUCUUUAUCUGUAGUUCUGCUGUGUUUUCUGUAAAAUUAUAUAUUGCUCCUGUUCUUGGUAGCUGAAAGAACGACAGUGGUAUAAAGUCUCGUCCUUGUUCAUGGAUGGAGAGAGUGAACAAAUGAAAGACUAGGUAUUCUUCCAAUGUGAAUUCCAGGGCUUUGCCCUAAUGUGAUGGUAAGAGUAGAUUUUUAUCUAUACGGGUUUGUAUUCCAGUUAAACAUCGAUGUCAGAUGGUACAGCUGUAGGAUGCUAUGAUGUACUGUAGGCAAUAUUGUGAAAGCCGCUUGCUCAUUAGCACCUUGAA